GACUGAACCGGCGCAGACUCGGAAGACGCCUGCGAGCCUGAGGUGUCCGGAAUGGCGGGUACGGGUCUGGUGGCCGUGGUGGUGGAUGCGCUGCCGUAUUUCGAUCAAGGCUAUGAAGCGCCUGGUGUGCGGGAAGCGGCUGCAGCGCUGGUGGAGGAGGAAACGCGCAGAUACCGACCCACCAAGAACUACCUCAGCUACCUGACGGCCCCCGACUAUUCUGCCUUUGAAACUGACAUAAUGAGAAAUGAAUUUGACAGACUGGCUGCUCGACAACCAAUUGAAUUGCUCAGCAUGAAACGAUAUGAGCUUCCAGCCCCUUCUUCAGGUCAGAAAAAUGACAUUACUGCAUGGCAAGAAUGUGUGAAUAAUUCUAUGGCUCAGUUAGAGCAUCAAGCAGUUCGAAUUGAGAAUCUGGAGCUAAUGUCACAGCACGGAUGCAAUGCCUGGAAAGUAUAUAAUGAAAAUCUAGUUCAUAUGAUUGAACAUGCGCAGAAAGAGCUUCAGAAGUUAAGGAAACAUAUCCAAGAUUUAAACUGGCAGCGUAAGAACAUGCAGCUCACAGCUGGAUCUAAAUUGAGAGAAAUGGAAUCAAACUGGGUUUCCUUGGUCAGUAAGAAUUAUGAGAUUGAACGGACUAUUGUGCAAUUAGAAAAUGAGAUCUAUCAAAUUAAACAGCAACAUGGAGAGGCAAACAAAGAAAACAUCCGACAAGACUUCUGAAAAGACAGGUUAAUUUCAUAAGUAUUACAGAAAGGAAGAAAGUCGGGCUUUCAAAGGGUACAGGCAUCUGAACUCUCAGAACUUUGAAAGACAACACCAUCUCAUAGAACUGGGGUUGGUUGAGUGCUUAGAAAGUAUAGAUUGUGCAGACUGUUGCACUAGCCCUGUUUGCAUAUCUUAGCAAAAUGAAGAGUUUCAUCUUGGUAUUUUUAUAGCAAUACAAGAAACUAUAGAUUUUUAAAGUAAAGUAUGACUUUAGAAUAAUACCGUGUUGUAGAAUCAGUUUUGAGUCACUGGACCAUAUAUCCCUGUAUCCAGGGAUCUUUUUUAAAGCUUUUCCUCAUGUGCAAGAAGUUGGAAACAUUUGAUUUAUGCUUUUGUCUAUUAAAGAGGUAUUUCUAAACACA